GCUGUGUGGUUUCUGCAUUCCCCGACAAAAAGGCCGUCAUUCGUCUGCAAAUGAAGCGCAUCGUCUUGCUAUCACUUGCAUCUGCAGCAAUAGCUGCUGCUUUUCACCUUCCAUCCGGUGAUCUGCACCUCUCAAGGCCGAGCAGGACUCAGGCGGCGAGUCUGAGGCGCCAUGCAGCCGCGAGGACCAGUCUUGUCAUGAAGCUGGCGGGCUCCAGCGCCCUCAUUGUGCAGAACAAGGGCGGCGGCCACGGCGAGUUGGGGUUCCAUCUGGCCAAGCAGCUGCGGGCAGCCGGGUGCACAGUGACGCUGCUCAACGACGGGCAGCCGACGGCCAAGCCGCCCUUCGACCACUACAAUGAGUUGGAGCAGGAGUAUGUGGACAUCGUGUGGACAGAUGUUAAGGCGCAGAGGGACCUCUCUUCGGUGCUCAAGGGCAAGACGUUCGACCUGGUCUUCGACAACUGGUCCAAGGACGAGGGCACGGUGCGGCCCAUCGCCGAGUUUGCGAAGAAGAACAACGUCAAGCACUACAUGUACGUGUCUUCCGGCGGCAUGUACCAGCCCACAGGGGAUGAGUUCCCCAUCCUUGAGAAGACCAAGGUCAAGGACGACUCGGGGCAGCGUCAGGUGGAGAAGACGCUCGAGGCGAUGAAGGUGCCGUGGACGUCCUUCAGGCCGCAGUACAUCUACGGGCCGUACACCAACAAGAGGGACUACCUUGACUUCUUCUUCGACCGCGUCACACACGGCCUGCCCAUACCCAUCCCCUACGAAGGAGCCACACUCACCACACUCACCAACGCAGAGGUCAAAGGCAAACACACACCGACAGAGGGAGGGAACUGGGUGGUGUGCUCUGAUGGCUUAUGUGGUGUUUUUCGCUGUGUCUGUGCGUGUGCGUGUGUGUGUAUGUGUGUAUGUGUGUAGGACGUGGCGUCGAUGUUGAUAUCUGCCGUCGGGAAGCAGUACGCCAUCGGAGAGGUCUUCAACUGCGCCAGCGACAGGUAUAUGACACCACACCCACCAGCAGGGCACAGGGUUUCCCAUGUUGUUCUGAUUGUGUAUGUGGGUGCUCAGGUACAUCAGCUAUGAGGGCAUCGUCAGGAUGGUGGCCAAGACAGUCGGCAAGGUGAGAACCACACACACGCACACGCAGAGACAGACAGAGAUCGCUUCACUUUUCCAUGUUUGUUUGUCUGUGUCACUCAGGAUCCAUCUGAAGCGGUCAAGAGCAUCGUGUACUACGACCCCAAGAGGGCCGCCCUGCCCAAGGGCGCCUUCCCCUUCCGCAACACACACUUCUGCGUCAACCCCGAGAAGGCCAAGCUCCUCCUGGAUUGGAGGCCCCAACACAGGCUCGAAGACGACCUCAAAUGGUCAGAGUGGCUUGCUCCACACACCGACCUCAGCCUGGCGUCACGUGCGUGUGUGUGUUUGCGUGCGUGGUGUGCAGGUAUUUCGCCGCGUACAGGUCUCUGGGCAAGCUGGCUGGCCAAGUGGACACAAGUGCAGAUGCCAAGGCGAUCGCCGCUCGCGCGUGAUGUGAAGAGAGAUACUUUCAGACAGACAGACAGCUGUGGGUGUUUCUGACACGAUUUUCAACCGUUGGUUGAGUGACAUUUUGCUGUUGCCCUUUCUGCCGCCCUUUCUCGCCUGCUACUUACACGUGAGCGCAUGUGCAUGGGUGACAUUUUGAUGGAUGGUUAAUACGCCGAGUGCUGAGGGAAGUGAAUCGAUCUCGGUGCCUGCUG